AUGAAGAAGCUUUUCACUUUUGCCUCCAUUCUACUCUUCAGUAGCAGCGUUACUGGAAGUCCGUCCAACGAUACAGCUUAUGACUAUGUUGUUGUAGGCUCAGGACCUGGAGGCGGCACUUUAGCCGCAAGCCUAGCUCGCGAGGGUCACUCUGUCUUCCUCAUUGAGGCUGGAGGCAACAUGGGUGACAACAAUCUUCAACGCAUCCCCGGAUUGGCGGAUGUCAACUCGGAGCACCCGGAGAUGUCUUGGCAGUUUUAUGUGUCUCACUACCAGAAUGAGACUCAAGCUCGUCGCGAUCGCUAUUUCACCUACCGUCUUUCAAACGGCACUCUCUGGUAUGGCAUCGAUGCUCCCGAGGAUGCAACCCCACUUGGCAUAUACUAUCCUAGAGGAGCUACCGUUGGGGGCUCAGCGAUAGCCAAUGCCAUGAAUGUGGUUCUCCCUCCCGACAGUGACUGGACCCACUUCGCCGAGGUUACAGGCGAUGACUCCUGGGGCCCUGAAAACAUGAGGUCGAUGUUUGUCGAGCUUGAGAGAAACACCUACGUGCCUGAAGGGACCCCAGGCCACGGCUUUGACGGAUAUAUUUCCACGAACCGAAACAACAUUUCAUUUGUAGUUGACCGCCCGGGUGUCCUCCGUGUGGUUCAAAAUGCCAUUUUCCAGACGGAGGGCAUAGAAGCACCUGAUUCCGAACAAGUCGUCGAGCUGAUGGAGAGAGAUCUUAACCGCCCUGGCGCUGAUCGCUACGAGAUCCCUGGCGUGUAUCAGAUACCUUUACACGUUGACGAGAACCGCCGCAGAAGCAGCCCUUGGAACUACGUCGCCGAGACUUUGGCUUCGGCCAGUGAAGAUGGAAAUUCACGAUACCCUUUGACUUUGAGUACCCACAGCCUUGCGACACGAAUCCUGACGAAGAAGUCCGGCCCUGGCUUGAAAGCCUAUGGUGUGGAGUACAUGGUUGGAGAAGGUCUUUAUGAGGCCGACCAACGAUAUGACCCCUCGGUCGAGCCACAGUUACGUACUGUUACGGCCAGGAAAGAAGUGAUCAUCUCGGGUGGAGCAUUCAACACUCCUCAGAUUCUCAAGCUCAGUGGAAUUGGACCUCGACAGGAGUUGGAGAAAUUCGGCAUCCCAGUCGUUGUUGAACUUCCUGCCGUUGGGGAGUUUCUCCAGGAUAACUACGAGGCAGGCAUUAAUGUUCAGUCCAACAUAGCAUGGGAGAACAGCCCCUUCGCAAGAUGUACGCCUGAUAGCCCGGAGACCGACCCCUGCCUUGCGCAAUGGGAGGCCGGCCAUGGCGCAUAUGGCGAGGCCGCUGCUCCCAUCUUCAUGCUGUAUCGAACCAACCACUCCAGGAACGCAGACUCCGAUCUCAUCAUGUUCGGUGCGGCCGGUGGCGUCUUUGAUGGUCACUACCCUGGAUUCAGCGAAAUCACUUGGCCGCCAACAUCCUUCUUCUGGGCUGUCGUGAAGAUGCAAAACGGGAAUCCGACAGGCACCGUGAGGCUUCGAUCGUCCAACCCCCGGGAGACCCCAGAGGUCAACUUCAACUUUUACCAGGAGGAUUCCGAGGUUGAUAUCGCUGCUCUUUCCGAGGGCCUGGAACAUCUCAUGUCCAUUAUGAACGCCACUGGAGAGCCGUAUCAGCCCUUCGAGGUGAUUGACCCCCCGGCAGAUCGUUCGCUUGAGCAGCACAUCCGAGAUCACACUUGGAGCCAUCAUGCCUCUGGCAGCUGCAGAAUGGGCAAGGACAGCUCUGAUAGCUGUGUUGAUUCAAAGUUCCGAGUUCAUGGUGUCGAGGGACUUAGGGUUGUCGAUGGCUCAGUCUUCCCCAGAGUACCCGGCGGGUUCCCUGUUGGCGCAACAUACGCUGCCAGUCGGAAGGCAUUUCAUGACAUCGUCAGCAGUGGGGAAAUUUGA